CCGACCCAGAUGGCGCGGUGCGUUCCGGCCGGCAGCCUCGCCUCCGUCCGCCCGGGAGGGACCUCACGCGGCUGGGCCGCAGACGCCGAGCACGCGGGUGGGCACCGCGAGGGUCCCGGCAGCCGGCUCUCGGAUUGCCUCCUGCGCUUCCCCGUGUGCGGGCCUGAGGCGUCGCGCGGCGGCAGGGGUGAGGAGCCCACGCAGCCGGAGGGCAGCGCUGGCGAGACCGACGAGGAGCGGCCGCCGCGGGGCUGCGAGCGCCCUCGCGGGACGUCGGUGGUGUACCACGGGCGUGCGUCGCACCCGCGGCUCGGCACGGGCAUCCCCCUGCAGCUGGAGCUCGUCUCGGACGGGCGCCGCGUGGGCGGCACGUGGUGCAUGCUUCGCAGGAGCGUGGACGUCGUCGCCGAGAGGACCGACGCGUGGCCCCUGGUCGUGCGCUCCUUCGGCGGCGGCACCAGCGCCGAGCUCUGGGGGAAGGAGGUGGCCCCGGGUGGCGUUGCUGGCGAGUUCUUCUUCGGUGCCGAGGGUGGCGGCUCCUUCGAGCUCCAGGAGUGCCUCCAGGUCUCCGUGUCGGCCGAGUCCGUCGACUGGGGCUCGUCCAGCCCCUGCGGCUCGUCGAGCGCGGAGUCUUCGGUCGUCCCGACCAUGCAGGAGCCUGUUGGCUACUACGGGAUGAAGCGCUUGGUUCAGCCUUCAGGCACGAAGGCUUCUGCGGACAAGAUCGACUCCAAGCUGAUCUUCACUUCGGAGGCGCAUCUCGCCGAGGCACUUGUCGAGGUCCUCAAGAAGCACCCCAACGGCAUCGACCUCGCCCAGCUCAAGCGGGUCAUCCACAGCAGCUCUGGCGUCUGGGUCUCCGAGGCGCUCCUCGGCUACAAAAAGCUCCGCGAUCUCGUCAGGUCGCCCACGAUGUCCAAGGCGUGCUGGUUCCAGAGCGUCGGCAGCUGCUACCGCGUGUUCGGGUACCCAUCGGCGGGCCAGGUGGCGGCCUGCGGCUGA